AUGAAAGCUGCACAUUUUUUCGAAGGGACCGAGAAACUGUUGGAGGUCUGGUUCUCCAGGCAGCAGUCCGACGCAAGCCAGAGAUCUGGGGAUCUUUGCACCAUGCCAAGAUCUGAGUGGGAUGCCCUUUUGAAGGAUGUGCAGUGCUCAAUCCUAAGUGUGAGCAAGACUGACAAGCAGGACACUUAUGUUCUCAGUGAGAGUAGCAUGUUUGUCUCCAAAAGACAUUUCAUUUUGAAGACACGUGGUACCACCCUCUUACUGAAAGCACUGGUUUCCCUGUUAAAGCUUGCUAGGAAUUACAGUGGGUUUGACUCAAUUCAAAGUUUCUUUUAUUCUCGUAAGAAUUUCAUGAAACCUUCUCACCAAGGAUACCCUCACCAGAAUUUCCAGGAAGAAAUCGAGUUUCUUAAUGCAAUUUUACCAAAUGGAGCAGCAUAUUGUAUGGGACGUAUGAAUUCUGACUGUUGGUACCUAUAUACUAUGCAUUUCCCAGAGAGCCGAGUAAUCAAUCAGCCAGAUCAAACCCUGGGAGUUCUGAUGAGUGAGCUUGACCCAACAGCUAUGGGCCAGUUCUACAUGAAAGACGGUGUCACUGCAAAAGACAUCACUCAUGAGAGUGGAAUUCGUGACCUGAUGCCAGGUCCUGUCACUGACACCACACUGUUCAAUCCCUGUGGCUACUGGAUGAGUGGAAUGAGAUCGAAUGGAACAUACUGGACUAUUCUCAUCACUCCAGAACCAGAAUCUUCUUAUGUCAGCUUUGAGGCAAACCUAAGUCAGACUUCCUAUGACGACCUGAUCAGGAAAGUUGUGGAAGUUUUCAAGCCAGGGAAAUUCGUGCCCACCUUGUUUGUUAAUUAGAGCUCUAAACAUUGCACAGUGCUCUCUUCACCACAGAAGAUUGAAGGUUUUAAACAUCUUGAUUGCCAGAGUGCUACGUUCAACGAUUACAAUUUUGCUUUUACCAGUUUUGCUAAGGAACAGCAACAACAAAAGCACACUGCAGAGAAGAGACCCAGUGCCACCUCCAUGUGCUGCCUAAGGCACCUGGCUGAUGCUGGGGACCAUGCUCGGAGUCGCAGCAGCAGUCACACGCAGACCCUACUGGCUUCUGGAGCAGGUGCUGAGAGCUGCCUGCACCUGAGGAACAGCAGCCUCACCCUCACUCACCGCACUUGCGCCAGCGCUGUGCACUGCGAGUCAGGACUCCAGCUGCAGUGCUCAGCACGUUGUUCAGCUUUGCUUUCGGGUGUUUUACAGCUGGUUUUCAUCAUCAAUCCAAAAUUUCUGUUUGGAUUACAAUCUGAAACAGAACUCUGCACUGCUUCUCAGUGUGCAGCCACAGACGCCUAG